CCGCCGACAGCCCAGAGAUGCUGCUCCGCGUGCUGCUGCUGGCGAUCGUCGGCGUCGCCGCAAGCGUCCACGUCCUUACUGAUGCGAGCUUUGGCGCUACCGUUGAAGACUCGUCCGAUGCGUGGCUCGUCGACUUUUACGCGCCCUGGUGCCACUCGUGCCAGCUCCUCGAUCCGGUCCUCGUCGACACCGCCGACGCCACGGACGGCCUCUUGCGCAUCGGCAAAGUCGAUAUCACCGUGAACCCGCGCCUUGAAGGCCAGUUUGCGAUCGAGCGGUACCCGACGCUGCUCGUGCGCGACCCCAGCGGCGUGUGGAGCCCGUACAAGGGUGAACGCUCCGUGGACGCCUUCUUGGCGCUUGGCCGGCGCGUCUCGGGGACGCCCGUCAAGACGGUCGCGACGGCUGGCGACGUCGACGCGCUUCUGACCACCGAAGCGUCCGCGCUGGUUUUCGUCCACGCAUCGGACGCUGUCGGUGCCAAGCUGCAACCAGCGUACUACAGCGCCGCGACGGCCCUCCGCGGCCAACACCUCUUUCUCGAGCUGCGCGACCUUGCGUCACUUGCUGCCUCCCCCUAUUUUGCCACACUGCCCUCGUCGGGGUCGUUUGUCGCGCGCGUCGACGCAACGGGUGACGUGGCGCUUUACGAUGCCACGACGCUACCCUUGGACACGUGGCUGCUCAAGCACGGUUAUCCCAAGUUUGUGGCACUCGGGCGGGAGAACCUCAUGGCGAUCGGGAAGGCCCACGCUCUUCUCGUGGUCGCGUGCGUCAAGGACGCGACCGACACGACCUUUCUGCAGCUCGCAUCGACGGUCGCGUCGCAAGCGACCGGAGACAUUGCGUUUGGGUACCUCGAAGCGACCAAGUUUCGCGCCUACGUUCAGCGCUUCUACGUCACGACGUUCCCGACGUACUUUGUCUGGAACCUGCACUCCAACGUGUUUUACGAAGCGCCGAGCGGGGCCAUCACGCCCGAGAGCCUCCACGCGCACCUCGCCCGCAUUGUAUCGGGCGCGGAGAAGGGCAUUGCGCUGGGCCUCACUGGGUACCCGUACCACGCGUACCGCUUUGUCGUGGACGCUGGCCUCGGCGUGGUAGCCGGUGUCACGCUCAUUUUGCUCGCGGCAGCCGCAGCAUGGCACCGCGCGCGUGCCAAAGAAGAUGCGCAUAUGCGAGCGCAAGCCCUCGCUGCGUACGAGCGGCUCAAGAAGGAUGCCUAGUCCUGGCCUCGAUAGCCCUAAUCGCGAUAUGAACCUACCCCUGGGCACUGCAGGGUUCAUAGUUGGUCGUCCAGCACGACGACUUUGGAGGCUGAGCGACCUUCUGCGCCGUCGUAGAUGGCAACAAGAGUUCUUGCGGU